AAGUCAAGGGGCUUAAAAGAGUAGAAUUUGGAUAAGGAUGGCUUAUUUCUUUUCUCCCUUUUCCUCUUUCUUCUCCAGCCCGUUUCUGCUCUUGUCUUCCCGCUGCAACCCGAGAGGAAAAAAAAGAAAGGGAACCCAGCCAUGCCUUGGAAAAUUGGUGAGAAAGCUUGGAGAUUUCUCCUUCCUUCUUGUCCAAGAACCUGAAUUGGAACCCAGAAAUUCUCCCCCCUGCAUAAAGCUUUCGGAUCUGCCUUGCUCUGCUCCUCACCGUCCGGCUGCUCCUGCUUUGUGGGUGUGAUUUGUUCAGUUUUUUGCUUGCCGCCGGCCUCUUCCCCAACUGCAGCUCCGGUUUUAGCUGGAAAAUUCUGGUUCUUGAUCGUUCUGUCAGUUUAGUACGUGACUUGAGUGCUCGGUUUUACGGAUUGAGGAUGUGAAAUCGAGGACGGGAAACCACGGGAAGUGACGAGUUAGAAAGCUAGCCAUUACGAGAUUAAUAUGGAUUUUUAGAAAUAAAUCAUGAUCUUGUAAGCUAGAGUGUACUUGGAGAUUUAUGAUAUCGGAGAAAUUUUAAAGAUUUGAUCUUCAGUUUUUGGUGCUGUUUUCUGCACUGUUUUUAAGCCAGAAAAAAAUUCUAUAUUUUUUCCAGGAAAAUUCUGCAUUUUACUGCAUUUUUCCUUGUUAUUUUCUGCAUUGUUUUUCCUUAGAAUUUUCUGCUCCUUGCCAAAUUUCUGGAAGUUGCAGUUACUGUUCACUGCGUAAUCACUGUUCACUAUAAUGUUUAUGGAUUACUGUUCAUGGAUUACUGUUCACGCACUAAUGACUAUUCAAUAUGAAAUUCUAUGGAACAUGUGAGCUGUGUAUGUAGAUAUUAGUAUACAUGAUAUAAAUGGCGUCAUGAUUAGGGGGUAGUCAUGGUGGUGAUUUCUUUUGGAUCCGUGGUAGUGUGGUUAUUAAUUCUGGAAUGUUUUGGUUAGUUCUUGAUUAUUCUGUCACCCUAGCAUUGGAGUGAGUUUUCUGUGUUAUGUGACUGAGGUAAGUAAAUUAUGGUAACACCUUUCGAUUUCAAAGUAAAAGCAUAUUUUAAAUUGUUUUUGAGAUGGUGGCAAGUCAAUCAAAUCUGUUGAAUUAUUGUUCAUAUUGAAACGAAUUGAAAUUCAUAAGGAGUUGGUCAAUGAUGCUCGAAUAUGUAAUUGUUUUGAGUGCCUAUUUAUUUUCUACUGGUAUUUAUGGAUUGAUUACGAGUCGAAAUAUGGUUAGGGCCCUUAUGUGUCUUGAACUUAUACUGAAUGCGGU